AUGUCUGACGAAGAGUUCUUCCGUGAGAUUAGAGAGGAUAUAGUGGAUACCACUCGUAAAAUGUUAGAACAAGUCGGCAUAUCUGAACCGAACAGUGAAUCAACGGUAGAUGUUGAGAAAAGUGAACCACUUCCCACUGUUCAAAAGGAAACUGCAACAAAACAGAAGGCGACUAUGGAGUUUGUUACUUUAACAGUUGAACCAUCGAACGCCGCAGUGCCUGAAAAUGAGCCAGUUAGCUUAAAAACGACGAGUGAUGAAAACGGUACAAAAGAUGCGCAACCACCCUCUUCAAAAGCAUCGGAAAAUAAAGGGGGGAAAGAAGCAGCAUCUCUUAAAAAGAAAUCAGAGAAAAAAGACUUCAAACAAAAAGAAACAAAACCGAAGAAGGAUAAGCAAAAGGAAACCAUACCUCAGGGAACUAAGAGCAAUGAAAACAAAGUUCCGAAUGAUAAGGCUAACACGACAGACCACGAGGCGUUAAAUGAAAAGAUACAAAAGAUCAUGGCUCGUAUUGAUGAUUUAAAAAACAAUUUUUUAGAAAAUCAAUCGAACGUUCCACCACAUAAUGCAAACAAUUUCAUCAAAGCGUCAAAGAAGGCUAAAGAGAAAGCAACUACGAGCGAGCAGAACGCGAACGGUCAUCAUUCAGGAUCGGAAACCGAUAAAAAAGGGUUGGAAAAAAGAAGAAAAAAUCCAGAAGUUACAUCUGCGGAUGUUCAAAAGGUUGCCAGCACUCCGACACAAGCAAUAUUGGAGUUGCCUUCAGAUCAAAAGCUUCUGUUACAGCUCUGCAUGUUAAGCUCCUCUCAACGUACAAAGUUUAUAGAGAAAAAAGGCUUAGAGCUCGGGUUACUCGAUCCACAUCCAGUUAAGAAGAAUAUAGUGCUGAUAAAUCAGCGUGUUUUAAAAAUUAGCGAAUCUAUUUUUGCAGAAGCAAAGCAAUAUCUUGACGAUGCUGAUGAACCGUCGUCGGAUACCGCGAAAAAUCAGAAAACAAAAAACAAGGAAACAAAACAGUCAAAGAUUAAGGAAUCACCCAAGGCUAAAACUUCUGAAACCAAGAAUCCUGAGAAUGGUAAAAAAUUCAAAAUUGAAAACAAGGAUUGCUUCGAGGAGCAUGUCACCUUUAUGCUUAAUUACAAAUUUGACGACCAACGCAGCAAGGAUGACUACGAUAAAGAACUGAGACUAAAGGGCAUACGGGGCACGUCAAAUGAAAUUUUGCAAGAAAAAUUGGAAUCGUUCGUUGCCCGACUGGUGGCGAAAAACGUUGGCUACAUUGUGGAAGGUACGCUGCGUAUUAAUGCGAAAAAUAACCUACAAUCAUUUGUGGAUGAUCCAUCGCGUAUAGGAAACAUUUUUAUAACUUCAAUUAUACUGCGAAGGUGCGCAAUGGACGGUGAUCUAGUACGCGUGUUUGUAAUGAACCCAUUAUCGGAACCCGAUUGUAACGAGGAGGCGAUGGAACGUGCCAAAAACGAAUCUUCCGAAGAGAGUACGGAGCUUCAACGGGUACGGUCGCAAAACAACGUAGGAUUUGUGGUGGCCAUUCUUGAAAAGCGACACAACCGACAAUGCGUUGGAAAGUUCCAUUCUGGAAAAUCUGUCAAGAAACACUACCGCAUGUUCGUUCCACGUGAUACACGCAUCCCUUCGUUGUGCAUUUUUAAACAAGAUUGGCCAAAUGCGUUGCUGGUGCAGAAAGACACCGUAGAAACGGAAUUUGACGGCAGCGGUGAUGCGAAUCACACGUCGAAAUCAAAUGUACCGGAUGUGACGAAUGUGCUAUACCAGGCAAAAAUCGUCGACUGGAAGGAAGACACACCGGUUGGGACGAUCCUGAAGCCUCUCGGCAAUUGCGGAUUGCUGGAGGUGGAAAACGAAUCCAUUUUGGUUGAAUACAAUCUCGACAUAACGCCGUACGAGGAAGAAAUAUUAACUGAGUUGCCUAGCGUACCGUACAACAUACCUGAGGACGAGCUUGCUAAAAGGGAAGACCUACGCCAGGAGUGCAUAUUUACGAUCGAUCCUGCAACGGCCCGCGAUUUAGACGAUGCUCUAAGCUGCAGUCGACUCCCAAACGGCAACUACCAUAUCGGUGUCCAUAUAUCCGAUGUAAGCUACUUCCUGCGGGAGGGCUCUCCAUUGGAUGAGCAGGUGAAGUUGCGCGCAACUUCAAUCUACAUGGUCGAUUCCGUGUAUCACAUGUUGCCCAAGCAACUGUGCAAUACCUGCUCGUUAUUGCCGGGGGAGGAUAAGGUAGCGUUUUCAGUUUUUUGGGAAAUCCAGCCUGAUGGAACCGUCUUAAGUACGCGUUUUGCUCGCACCGUGAUCAACUCCUGCGCCCAGCUAUCGUAUGAACACGCGCAGAUGAUGCUAGACAAUCCGGAUGGGGAACUGGACGAAGAACGAUUCCCGGAAAUCUUCCACGGGUAUUCCGUUCAGGGGUUGAGCAAAAUAGUUAACACACUGCAGUCUAUCGCUGUGAAAUUGCGUGCUCGGCGAAUGGACGAUGGCUGCCUGAAAAUCAACCAGCCGAAACUUACGUUCCGUCUGAAUCCGGCCACCGGACAACCCAUUGAGUACGGUGUGUACAAAGUGCGGACGAGCAAUGAGAUGAUCGAGGAUUUCAUGCUGCUAGCGAACACAUCCGUUGCGCAUGCUAUCCACGCGGCAUUUCCCGCCAUAUCCAUCCUUCGGUGUCACAGUCCACCGGCAGAAAACAUGAUGAAAAACUUAGUCCGUACGCUCAGUAACUACGGGCACGCGCUGUCGUAUGCUAGCUCAAAGGAUAUUCGCGAAUGCAUGGAAUCUAUCAUCGCAUCGACUGAAAAUCCGGACGCCACCCGCAGCGUGCUGAACGUGCUGCUGGCAAAACCCAUGAUACGAGCACAGUACUAUUGUUCAGGAUUCGCUAGCACUCCUGAGCACUUUCGGCACUACGCACUGGCUAUACCAAUGUAUACCCAUUUUACCAGCCCGAUUCGGCGUUACGCUGACUGUAUGGUGCACCGUGUGCUGGCCGCUACGCUGAAAAUUGAUGUGCAACCCAAACGGGCUCCAGAAGAGUUGCAGAAUUUAGCCAUGAUUUGUAACGAAAAAAAGUACAACGCCAAGUUGGCUGGCGAAGCGAGUUCGAUUCUCUAUUUCCGGCAUUGGUUGGCCUCGGUCGGGGAGCACCAAACAGUUGGGGCCGUCAUGGGUUACGCGGCGCACUACGUCGAGCUGGUGCUUAUUCACUCCGGACUUGUGCUGAAGGCUUCGAUAAGGAAAUUGGCUUCCACGGCCGCAAUUGUGUUUAAACCCGUUGAACCGGUUGGAAGUUGUAUGCUUAUUCCGAAGGAUACCUCUAUUCCACCGAUUAAAUUGGAACUCUUCACGAAAGUACGUGUUACGAUCAAGGUUGUGCACGAUGCGAUUACUGUGUGUUCCAUUCUUCCAAUAGUGGAAGAGCUGUCUCCCACGCUUGUUGAUAAUCAUGAAGUAAUUUCAUCGAAAGAUAAAGAGGAGUCGAAUUUAAGCGAAGGAAUGAUGAAAUCAGCUCGCAUAUAUUAA